AGGUGGGAUUGAUCUCGGCCAGCUUUUGUGGUGGGAUCGACCUUUUCCAGCCUUCCGGGUGAGAUCUUCCUUCUCCUCUGGCUCUCCAGGUGGGAUUUGGCUUCUUCAGCUCUCCUGGUGGGAUUCACACCUGUUCUUCCAGUUCUCCUGGGGGGAUUCAUCUCCAACUCUCCUGGUGGGAUUCAGACUUGAUUUUUUAGGUCGCGUUUAUCAUCUUCAACUCUUCAGGGUGCGGAAGAGCUGCUUGGACCCCCCUAGUUGGAGCAGCUACCUUUCUCCUCCUGGCUGUGUCCCAACAAGUGACGUCCACCUCCUUGCACGUGCGUUUUCCGAGGAACGAAACGCCCUGGAGCCGCGGCUCGGUUUGACCUAGGUCACUUGGAGAAGGAGACGGGACUUCCCAUGCCGAAAGCGGGGCAGGAAUAAUGGAAAUGAGCAGAAGCGACAAACAGUGCUUUUCUCUGGUGCCAGACAGAGAAGCAGAAAUCCACGGACAAGCUGAAGUUGCGUCCUGGAUGCAGCAAGAUGCGGCGCUCAUGGAGAUGUCCAGGUUUGGCUUUUCAUCCAGCUCCGAGGAGGACUCAUCUGAUCCCGAUGUUUCCCUGGUGGCCCGACGCAGGGAGGAGGAUGGCUGUGGCCGCUGUCAGAGGGACAAGUGUCUCCCAGAAGCGACUGUGCCAGAGAUCAUUUGGGAUGAGGGUGGCAAGAAAGCCUACAGAGUUUCCCUCCCCGGUGCCGGCUCGUUCCGGUGCGCCGAGACCGAUCUGUGCUUCGACGUGAAGGCGGCGGUCACCCUGAGCUACGAGUACGGCUCCUGGCAGCAGCACCUGCGGGGAGGCGACGCGAAGAGAUGGACCUUCGUCGGCCCGUUGUUCAACAUCCGGGCGGAGCCGGCUGGCGCCGUGGGUGCCGUCUACCUGCCACACUUCGUGUGCCUCAGAGGCCAAGGAGACACUUCCAAGAUGCGAAUUGGCCAUUUCGUUGAUGGGAAGCUGGUCCUGGAGACGCCGGCGAGGGUGAAGCCAUUCCACGCGGUGCUGGAAAACGCCAGCUUCUCCUUUCUGGGGGUGCUUUGGAGGAAGAUAGCUUCAAUUCUCCAUUUUCCUAUCCACUCCCUUGUGCUGAUCUACCACGCCACCAGGAAGGAACCUGUCACCCUCCAUCUCUACUUGAUCCCCGAUGACCGCUCCAUAAAGCAGGCAAUUGAAGAGACAGAGAAGAAGUCCAUGUCCUACCGGGUGGAUAAACCGCCUUUGACCAAACGUGUCAACUGCGGGAGGUCCUACGUUGUUUCUGGCUCCGCACCCAUAGCCAUACAACCCAAGAUCCUGGACUUCCAUCUCAGAGGGGCAGAUAAGCAGCAGAUCUUCAGUGAAAUCUACCUUAGUGUCAUGGUAGAGGAAGUCAAACUCAGCUUGAAAGACGAAGAGAGGGACAAGUGCAUGUGGCACGCGGUGCUGCGAAGAGGUAGGUGUCUCGCGUCCUUUCCCCUCCAGCAUGGUGAAGCUGUGAGAUGUCCCAAGGAGGGAAGUCUGGUGCCCGAGUCUUUUCAGACAGAAGCAGAACCUUCAAAACGUCUUUUUCUGCUGGCUGCAGAAGAAACCGAGGGUGACGAGCUCGAUCGAGACAUCGCACCCAGCGGGGCGGGCGCAGAUGCCCCGCGCGCCAGUUGCCGGCCCCCCAGAUCGCGGCGCAGCCAGCCAGGCUGGGCAGACAGAGGACAAAUCCCAGGAGCCUCCGCGACGACGACAGAGAAGCACUUCCUGGAUCUGCACCGAGUGGAGCUGAUCAACCGCGUCGUCGAAGUGAAGGGCGUCCUGGACCUCCUGCUCGGGGAUGUUCUGGACUUCGAGCAAUACCAAAGGAUCCUGGCGGAGAAAACGUCCCACAGCAGGAUGCGCGAGCUGUUCAAGCUGAUGCCGAGCUGGACUCCCUGGUGCAAGGACCGCAUCUACGAGGCCCUGAAGGAGAAGCACCCACACCUCGUCGAAGAUCUUGAGAAGUAACCAAUGCUGCUCCUCAAUACGGUCUUUCGUGGAGGAGCAAAGUCCCUCAGGCAGCUCACAAGUGACCUCACCAAUGGCAGCGUCACCGCAGGAUCAACGCCUUGCUGAGGACGGAAAGCACCUCUGGAGAUCACCUACCCCCACCGCCUUUUUUAUAGCAAGGUCACUUAGAACAGGUUGCCCAGGACCAUGUGUGGUCGCAUUUGGAAUAUCUCCAAGAAUGGAGACUCCACAACCCCCCUGGGCAACCUGGUCCAGUGUUUCCAUCA